AUGCUCACGACAAUCACCCUCCCACCCGAAUACGACGACCUACCAGAGUCAGCCCGCCUAUGGCUGCAGACUCUCUACGGGCAUCCACCAGAGAAGCGCGAGAAACAGCACUCGUACGACGAGUCCCAAUCUGGGGCGGCGGCGGAGGACCUCGCGGGUGACGACAACGACGAUGCCAAGGUCGACGACGACGACGAUGCCAAGGUCGACGACGACGACGACCACUCCUCCACACCUGCCGAGCACGACCAAACUGGCCCCUGCUCGUCGGCACCUAGCAAGACCGACAUCUUUUUGGAGUCGUGUGUCACUCGGCCCUUCACUCUGCGCAGCUUUAUCGAGGCCUUUGACAUGGUGUGUAUGGUCAUUCCUCGCGCCCAAGUCAUUCUCCUCCCAAAGUACCGCUACCUGCUGCCUCUGGUAGUCAUUCGCCUCGUGGAGCUCCUUUUCAGCAGUGUCGCAGGAGCAAUGGGCCUGUGGGCAAAGGCGCGUCUCAUGUCCACUGUCGCAGACAGCUUUGUGACGGGCCACCCGGUCUUACUGCGCGACGCAGCGUGGUCAAUUGCAGCCGCCGCGACUCUGGCGGCGGUUGAAAUCAUUUCCGACGGCCACUUUUGA